GAGAUAAAAUUAAAUUAUUUGCCCAAUGUAAUCCCUGUGCUGAACAAGACAGAAUUAAAAAAAAAGAAAAAAGACUUAAAGAAAAAUUACUUGAUGAAACCAUUUCACCUCUUUCUUUAAGUAAAAAGACACCAAUCAAUGAAGAUAAUAGUGAUAGUAACAAAGACAAACCUAUCUACAAUAUGUGUGAUCUUGAAGAAUUU